AGAACAUAUUGAUUUAACAUUAAAAAUUAUUUGAUGGUAAGUGAGCUGUGCUGACUGUGUAAACGAUUAAACAAGGAGUUGUAGUUUAUUUAAAGACAUCGGCGAAAACACAUUAAACAUUUUAUUUCUCUCAAAAAAUAUUAAAAUAUAAAAGAAGUGAGACUUGUAGCUAGUUGGUGGUUUGUGAGAGUGACAAAGGCGCAUUCUUAAGAGAAGAAAAAAAAUCGUAAUUAAUAAAGUAAAGGAAAUUAAAUACAGUGAUGAUGAAUAAGCAAACACUGCCAUCAAUACUUCUAGUGUUCAUAAUAUUAAUUAGUGAUGCUGUAAUAAUCGCUGAUGCUGCAAAACGCGGUGGUGUCAAAGCAGUCAUUCUUUAUACAUAUGAUGAAUCCACAAGUGGCUCGAGCGUUGUCACAAUGGAAGUUGAUAAGAAUAAAUUUAUGACGGUGCUUCAAGAAUCACAGACUAAUGCGAUAGAUGCCAAACCUUUAAAAUUCGUCCAAAAUAAUGGAUUCUUUGAUCUGUUGGAGGGCGAUAGUUCACAGUUUUCGUUCGCAACAACGAAUGGAAUGGCUGAUUGUGAUUGUAAAUGUCUGAGGAGACCAGAAAUCCCAACAACAACAACACGACAAACCACAACGAGACCACCAACAACUACAAGAGCAACAACCCAAAGAACAACAACAACAAGAAAACCUGACUGUCCAAAUGGCGGAAUACUUCCUUAUUGCUGCUCGAACGGUGCAAAUAAUCAAGAUUGUUGUAUAAAUAAUGGCAAAGGUCCUUACUGCUGCACAAAUGGGGCAAACAAUCCAAAUUGUGAAUUGCCAACAAAGAAGCCAGAUUGUCCAAAUGGAGGGCGACUUCCUUAUUGCUGUGAAAAUGGUGCAAAUAAUGUUGACUGUUGCUUAAAUAAUGGCAAGGGACCAAAUUGUGAACUUCCAACUCAAACAACACGACGACCAACAACAACGACACGAUUGGUAACCGCGAGAACAUCAACACAAGCUCCUACAUACCUUCCACCUUUAACAACAACGGCUCGUGUGCCAUGUCCAACUGGCGGAAGCGGUCCUUAUUGUUGUAAGAAUAAUGCUAACAACCUAGAUUGUUGUCUUAAUAAUGGAAAAGGUCCAUAUUGCUGUCUUAAUAAUGCCAAUAACAAAGACUGUUGUGAAAAUAACGGAUCAGGGCCAUUCUGCUGCACAAACGGAGCAAAUAACAUUGACUGCUGUACAAACGGUGGAAAAGGCAAAUAUUGUUGUACUAAUGGAUCAGAUAAUCCGGAUUGUACGGUUCCAAAAAUUUCAACAACAACCCAGAGAAUUAUUUCAACAGCUUCAACAACAACGACUAGAGGAGUGACAUCAAAAAUUACUACAAGGCGACCAGAUUGUCAAAACGGUGGAACCCUUCCUCACUGCUGUGAAAAUGGCGCCAACAACAAAGACUGCUGUUUAAAUGGAGGCAGUGGCAAAUACUGCUGUACAAAUGGAGCCAACAAUCCAAACUGUGAUAUCCCAGUCGUUACAACAACCACAAGAAAGCCUGUGACGACCACAAAGUUCCGUGGACCUAGCUACCUUCCAAUUGCUCGAGUAACAACAGAAAGACCAGCCACAUCAACAGCUACAUACACUUAUGGAGAACGACCGACAUACACUUAUAGAUUCAGUUUUACGAAUGGUGCUUGGACUUAUAUUCCAAGAUCGACUUCAUACACAACGAGAGUGACAACGACAACAGCAAAAUAUGCUUAUGAUCAACCUGCUAAUGGAAUUAGUUAUAGUGGUGCUGACAAUUCAUUGUAAAGAAGUUUAAGAGAUUGAAAUUUUUUUAUUUAUUUUAAAAGUUGACAUUUGAUGGGAUUUUAUAGAUGUUCUUUCAGUUUCGCACAGUUUGAUUAUCAAUGUCUCUUAAAAAUAAAUAAGCAACAGCUGAAAAAUCUCAUCAAUUGUCAAAUUUUCCUUAAUUUUUUUUUGAUCACCAAACCACUUCAUCAUCUCCUCAAUUUACAACAUUCCAUACAAUUUGAAACUUAUCGAUACGUAAACUGUAAACUGCCAUAAAUGCAUUCAUACUUUUCUAUACACAAAUUUUCGAGAUUGAUUACGUUUGUAAUAAUAAUAA